GGCAGAGAGAGAGAGGGAGAGAGGGAUAGAGAGAGAGAGAGAGAGAGACGGUAACGGUACCAGUGAUGAUGGCGCGCGCGGGAUCACGGUAACGUAAGAGCAGCAGCAUCAGCACCGGGAGGAGGAGGAGGAUGCAGCAGCAGCAUCAGUGAUCGGUACCGGGAGCAGGGAAACACAUCCGUCUGUCCGCGAGCUCCACACACACACACACACACACACACAUCUGAUGUGAAGCCGCAGGGAUGGACGGGUGAGGAGGAGGAGGAGGAGGAGGCGCGAGGAGCGGAGCGAGCGACGCUACUAACGGAGGAGAGUCCGCGAGGAAGAGGAGGAGGAGGAGGAGGAUGAAUCCGACUGAUGGAGGAGGAGAAGCGGGCCAGGACGGCCUCGCGACGGCGGCUUCAGGUAAAGUGGAGAGUGUGAGAGCGGCCGAUGUCCUGACUGUGCUGAGAGAGAAGGUGGCCUUUGUGUCAGGUGGGCGGGACAAACGAGGCGGACCAAUCCUGACUUUUCCUGCCAGAACCAAUCAUGAUCGAAUAAAACAGGAGGACCUGAGUCGUCUCGUCACUUACCUGUCCACUGUCCCCAGUGAGGAUGUCCGUGGACGUGGCUUCACCGUGGUGGUGGACAUGCGGGGCAGUAAGUGGGACAGCGUGAAGCCGGUGCUGAGGACGCUGCAGGAGACGUUUUCGUCCAACAUCCACACGGCGCUGCUCAUCAAACCAGACACUUUCUGGCAGAAGCACAAGACCAACCUGGGCAGUGCCAAACUCAGCUUUGAGACCAGCCUGGUGUCGGUGGAGGGUCUGUCGCGGCUCGUCGACCCCUCCCAGCUGACCUCUGACCUGGGCGGUUCUCUGGAGUACGACCACGUGGAGUGGACCGAGCUGCGUUUGGGUCUGGAGGAGUUCUCGGGAGCUGCCACGCAGCUGCUCGCCCAGCUGGAGCAGCUGGAGUCUGGACUGAACCGGACACCAGAGCCCCAGGACGUGGACGAGGCCCGAAAACUCCUGGAGGAACACGGACGUCUCCGGAACACAAUCGCCACAGCUCCAGUCGACGCCCUCGACCGAGAGGGGCGGAGUCUGCUGCAGCGCAUGCGCCUGGGCCCCUCGCACGGCGACGCCACUAACGAAGGCGGUGGUGGAAGCCACGGCAGCUGGCUGUCGGGCGGCGCAGACUUCCAGAGUGUGGCGCCGAAGGUCUCGUCUCUGUUGGACCGCCUGCAGGCGUCUCGCACUCACCUGCUGCAGAGCUGGAGCGACAGGAAGCUGCACCUGGACCAGGUCCUGCAGCUGCACCUGUUCCAACAGGACGCCACCAAGAUGUCACAGUGGAUCGCCCACAGUAAAGACCUGUUCACACAGAGCCUGGUCCAGGUCGGACAGAACCACCAGCACGCCCUGGACCUCCAGACCCAGCACCAGCACUUCACUGCUAACUGCAUGAACGGCAGUGUGAACGUGGACAGUGUGGUUACAGUGGCAGCGAGGCUCGCGGACGCCGGUCACUACGGUGCAGAGCGGAUCGCCAUGGUGUCGUCACGGUUACAGGACGACUGGAAGUCCCUGACGACCGCACUGGAGGAGCGCAGCAACACACUCGCCAUGGCAACCGGCUUCCACCAGGGGGCAGAGCAGUUCCUGCUGAAGGUUGAAGGCUGGGUCCAGACGUGUUCUGAAGGCUCGUUGCCAUCGGCAACCACAGACCUGGAGACUGAGACCAAGAAACACCAGGAGCUCAACGAGGACAUAUGUGCUAACUACACACAGGUCAGUGAGAGUGGUAAAGCAUUACUGGACGUCCUGCAGCGUUGCUCGGCAACAGAUUGCGACGACUCGGCCUCCAAACCGGACUUUACUGCUGCCACGCACAGCAUCAUGGGAGUUCUGCACCAGGUCAUGCAGGGUCACCACGAGGUCGAGGGGGCAUGGCAGCACAGGAAGCUCCGCCUCCACCAGCGUCUGCAGUUGUGUGUGUUUCAAAAGGAUGUGAGACAGGUGUUGGACUGGGUGGAGCAGCAUGGUCAGGUGUUCCUGAACAAACACAGUGGUGUGGGUAAAUCUCUGCACCGAGCGCGAGCUCUGCAGAAACGACACGACGACUUCCAGCAGGUCGCACAGAACACUUACACAAAUGCAGAGAAGCUUCUGGAAGCAGCAGAUCAGCUGGCUCAGUCUGGAGAGUGUGAGGAGGAGGAGAUCUACCAGGCCGCACGUGACUUGGAGCUGCGCAUGCAGGCGUUCAUUCAGAAGGUUGAACAGAGGAAGCUGCUGCUGGAUCUCGCUGUUUCCUUCUACACUCACACAAAAGAGCUGUCUGCGUGGAUGGACGGCCUGCAGAAGCAGCUGUCCUCAGAUGUGUGUGCGUGUCCUGACACUGUGGACACGCUGCAGACGCUCAUCAGUCAGCAGCAACAGCAGCAGGCCAACACACAGGAGGCAGCGAUGAGCGUCAUCAGAGAAGGAGAAGACCUCAUCCUGCAGCUCAGGCCUCAGGGCAGCUCAGUGGCACACGUGGAGUCUGUGCUGCAGCAGCUGGAGGAGUCUCAUGUUCAGCUGGAGGACCUUUUUCACCAGAAGAAGAUUCGCCUGGACGUUCACCUGCAGCUCCGGAUCCUGCAGCAGUGCACGCUGGAGGUGACCGGGGAGAUGGACGCGUGGAAGCAGGACCUGCAGAAGCAGACUCAGGACUUCUCCUCAGAGAAGCUCGCGUCGCCGCGGCUCACUGACGUCAACCCGGACAACCUAGCCCUGGGCCAGUCGCGGCUGGUGGAGGCUAGCGCCGAGGCGCUAACACUAGCGCAGCAGCGCAUACACAGGCACAUGGAGCGCCGGCUCGCCAUGAACAACAUGGUCUAUGAGGUCAUCCAGCAAGGUCACGACCUUCAGCAGUACAUCACCGAGGUCCAGGCGUCAGGGAUGGAGCUGUCAGAGACAGAGGGAGGACUCUCUGCUCAGGUGGACGAGCUGCAGCGCCUCCUGCAGGACAAACAGAAGGAGCUGCAGCAGAUGGCAGAUCACACACACACACACCUGGAGCAGAACCUGCAGCUGAGACACCUGCAGAGUCAGGUCAAACAGGUGCUGGGCUGGAUCUCUGAGGGUGAGGUCAUGUUGUCGUCCUGCAUGUUGAACUCCAGCUGUUUAUCUGAAGCUGAGCAGCUGCAGCGGGAGCAUGAGCGCCUCCAGCAGGCCAUCGAGGGUCUCCUGCACGCUGACUCUCUGCAGAGAACCCACCAGGUGGCGCUGGCUCUGCAGCAGAGAGCAGAGCUGCUGGUCAGGUCAGGUCACUUCGAUCCAGAUGCAGUGAGGUCUUGUGCCCAGACGGUGGCGCUGCACUGGCAGACCCUGAUGCUGAGGAUCGAGGACAGACUCAAACUGGUCAACGCCUCCGCGGCUUUCUACAGGACGUCCCAGCAGGUGUGUGGUGUGUUGGAAAGUCUGGAGCAGGAGUACCGCAGGGAGGAGGACUGGUGUGGAGGCGGAGACCGUCAGCCGGAGCAGCUGCUGCCGCUCGUCAACAAACACAUGGAGCAGAAGGAGGCGUUCCUCAAAGCCUGCACGCUCGCCAGACGGAACGCCGAGGUGUUCCUCAAGUACAUCCACCGCAACAGCGUCACCAUGGCCAACAUCUCCGGGCACAAUGUCACCGUCUCCGGGGUGACCGGGGUCACAGAGGUCACGGGGCACUCCAGGGUCCCAGAGCAACAGGUCAAAGGCAUCCUCAGUGAGCUGCUCCAGAGAGAAAACAGAGUCCUUCACUUCUGGACUCUGAAGAAGCGACGACUGGAUCAGUGUCAGCAGUACCUGAUGUUCCAGAGCCACGCCCAGCAGGCUCUGGAUUGGCUGCAGCAAUCAGGUGACCACUACCUGGUCACGCACACUUCCCCGGGGGUAAAUAUGGCCGAAACCCAGGAGCUGUUAAACCAGCACAGAGAGUUCUGCGUCUCCGCCAAGCACACGCAGGAGAAGGUUCACCUGCUGAUCCAGCUGGCCGAGAGCAUGCUCGCUAAAGGCCACGCCCACCGCACUGAGCUGCGCCGCUGCGUCUCCGCCGUGGACAAGCGCUACCGUGACUUCACCGUCAGGAUGGGACAGUACCGCCACCUGCUGGAGACGGCGCUAGGAGGAUGCUCACAGGACAAUAAAGACCUGGAGCUGGAGCUGAUCCCCAACAGCCUGUCUGACUCUGACCCCGAGGUCAACCUGUCCGACCCCAGCCACCAGGUCAGCGACGAGAAGAGACGCUCGGCACGCAAGAAAGAAUACAUCAUGGCCGAACUUCUUCAGACUGAACGAGUUUACGUCAGAGACCUGCAGGAGUGCAUCGAGACGUACCUGUGGGAGAUGACAAGCGGCUCCGAGGACGUCCCACUUGGUCUCAGCAACAAAGACGACAUCGUGUUCGGGAACAUCCAGGACAUCUAUGAGUUCCACAACAGUAUUUUCCUGAAGGAGCUGGAAAACUACGAACAGCUCCCUGAAGACGUGGGACACUGCUUCGUUACCUGGGCGGAUAAAUUCCACAUGUACGUCACGUACUGCAGAAACAAGCCCGACUCCAGUUUACUCAUCCAGCAGCACGGCGCCGGCUUCUUCGAGGAGGUGCAGAGACGACACGGCCUGGUUAACUCCAUCUCCUCAGCUCUGAUCAAACCUGUGCAGAGAAUCACUAAAUACCAGCUGCUGCUCAAGGAGCUGUUAGCGUGCUGUGAGGAGGGUAAAGGUGAGAUUAAAGAAGGACUCGACGUGAUGCUCAGCGUUCCCAAGAGAGCUAACGAUGCUAUGCACGUUAGCAUGUUAGAAGGUCUGGAGGAGGGUCUGGAGGUCCAGGGCGAGCUCCUCCUCCAGGACUCCUUCCUGGUUUGGGAGCCCAAGUCCCUGAUCAGGAAGGGGCGGGACCGACACCUCUUCCUGUUUGAGCUGUCACUCAUCUUCAGUAAAGAGAUCAAAGACUCGUCAGGACGAACCAAAUACCUGUACAAGAGCAGACUGAGGACGUCAGAGCUCGGUGUUACAGAACACAUCGAGGGAGAUCCAUGUAAGUUUGCUCUGUGGGUCGGACGAACGCCGACGUCUGACAACAAGACUGUUCUGAAGGCGGCAUCUCUGGAGCUGAAGCAGGAGUGGGUCCGCAGUAUUCGUCAGGUGAUCCAGGAGAGGCGGGGCCACCUGCGUGGGGCGCUGCGGGAGCCCAUCCCCCUCCCUAAGACACCAAACCCCACACUGGGACGACAGCGCAGCAUCAGCCGCAGGGAGACGAGUGAGGACGCAGACAGUCUGGGAGACGCGAGCAGUCAACCAGACACCGUGUCCAUCGCCUCGAGGACAUCACAGAACACUGCAGACAGUGACAAGUUGUCUGGUGGCUGUGAGUUAGUUGUGGUGUUGUUAGAUUUCUCCACCAGCGCAGCAGGAGAGCUGAGCGUGCGCUGUGGUCAGACGGUGGAGCUGGUGGAGCGCUCGGCAGACAGACCCGGGUGGUGUUUGGCCAGAACCACAGACCAAACUCCACAGCAGGAGGGUUUACUGCCCAUGAGCGCCCUCUGCCUGUCACACUCUCACAGUGCAACAGAUAUGGAGGGGCUGGUCCCGCCCUCCAGCAUCUCCUCCACCUGCACCACCACCUCCUCCUCCUGUAACUCCUCCUCCACCACCACCUCCUCCUCCUGUAACUCCUCCUCCUCCGCUGUGAGCGCCGCCAAAGAUAGUGCAGGAGUGUUCGGCUCUGACGCUCCAGGACUCCACGCUCAGACCGGCGGUGUGUCCUCCCCCACCGUAUGUGGGGUGGGCGGGGCUCCAGGGGGCGUUGUGGGCUCUCCGGGACCCAAACGCAGCGGCUCAGGGACAGGAAACACUCUGAAGCGUUGGUUGACGAGUCCUGUUCGGAGGCUGAGUCAAGGUAAAGCUGAUGGACAGAAGAAACUGCCAAUCAGAGCCAGGAGGCGGGACAACAGGCCAGAGCUAACCACACCCCUCACUGUUAAUGCCCAGGCGAAAGUGAGGAAGGAGGAGGCAGGGCAAAGUGGAGGGGAGGAGGAGCCAGAAGAAGAAAGCCACACCCCACUGCCUCCACCCAUGCAGAUCAUCAAAGACCCAAACAAUCCAGAGGUACAGGCUUUGGAUUCAGAUCAAGGAUCAAAUGAAUCUGACACUGAGCAGAGAAACAAAGCUCUGAGAGGACGCAUGUUUGUGGUGAAUGAAAUGGUCCAAUCAGAGAAGGACUACGUUAAAGACCUGGCUGUGAUCGUAGAGGGCUUCAUGUCCAGGUUGGAGGUCAGAGGAAUUCCUGAAGACAUGAGAGGAAAAGACAAAAUCGUGUUUGGAAACAUUCAGCAGAUUUAUGACUGGCACCGAGAUUUCUUCCUGGUGGAGUUGGAGCGCUGCGUUCAGAAUCACGAUCUGCUCACCGACCUCUUCAUCAGACACGAGCGGCGGCUGCACAUGUACGUGAUUUACUGUCAGAACAAACCCAAGUCAGAGUUCAUCGUCAUCGAGUACGAGACUUUCUUUGAGGAGAUCCAGCAUGAGAUCAGCUGCAGGAUGUCCAUCAGUGAUUAUUUGAUCAAACCCAUCCAGAGAAUUACAAAGUACCAGCUGCUGUUAAAGGACUUUCUCAAGUACACGUCUAAAGCAGGACUGGACUGUGAGGAGGUGGAGAAAGCCUUGGACCUGAUGUCCUUGGUCCCAAAGCGAUGCAACGACAUGAUGAACCUGGGACGUCUGCAGGGAUACGAGGGGAAGCUGACGUCUCAGGGGAAGCUGCUGCAGCAGGAGACGUUCUGCGUGUGGGAGCAGGACGGCGGCGUGUUGUCCCGCAGUAAAGAGCGUCGUGUCUUCCUGUUCGAGCACAUCGUCAUCUUCAGCGAGCUUCUGCGCAAAGGCUCCAACAACCCUGGAUACCAGUUCAAGAACAGCAUCAAGGUGAAUUACCUGGCAAUGCAGGACAGCGUGGACGGCGACCCGUGUAAGUUCCUGCUCUGGUCUCGAGGCUCAGCCGAGCGCUUCACGCUGCAGGCGUCGUCCGCUGGCAUCAAGAUGACCUGGGUGGAGACCAUCGCUGCCCUGCUGGACGCACAGAACAACUUCCUGUCAGCUCUCCAGUCUCCUAUCGAGUACCAGAGGAAGGAGGGCGGGAUCUCUGUGACCCGCCCACUGUCGUCAGGGCGACCGCCGUCGGUCCCACCCACGCCUAAUGGCCACACCCCUCAGCCUCCAGCCGACAGCGAGCAGGACGAGCAGGAGCUGGUCCGGGUUCUGCAGGACUUCGUGGCCGUGCGCGAGGACGAGAUCUCCGUGUUCCGGGGAGAGAAAGUUCAGAUCCUGGCAUCAAACCAGCAGGGACAGAGUCUGGUUUACAGACCGGCAAACAGCGACUCACCAGCUGCUGAGGGCUGGGUACCACGCAGCAUACUACACACACACACACAAUGACACACACUGAUACACACACACGCACACACAAACUGACAC